CCUCAAUGAUACUUCGGUCAUAAGUUUGAGGUUUCUCGAGUCCAUCAUUGAAGUCAUUUGCCCAUAAAGCUGUGCCUCGUUCUCUUCUCUCUUUCAUCUCUCGCACCUUAUUCCUCUCCUUUCUUUGAUCUCUGUCUCGACUGGUACUGUUCAAGCUUCUUGCUACGCAUUCCGUAUCUUAUUGUAUGAUUGCCAUGAUGACUCGCAAAGAAUACUACACCCGUUGUUCAUGUCCAAAGGGAAAGCUUUCAGCGCCCGGUGGGCCAGAAUAUCUUGUGGCUCACAUACAUCUGCCAUCUCGCGACAAUUCUGACGACUUCCUACCUCCUUAUCAUGCUGAUAUGGAGCGAAAGAAUCCCGGUGUUACGUGCCAAUGCUCGACCGAACGCACUCGUCUCCCUGGGCGGCCCGACAUAAUCGGUGCCCAUUUCCAUGGCUUGUCUCCGAAGAGCACGGGGAAUCCCAAGCCUUCAACUUUGCCUGAGGAUACUAUCAACUUUAACAUACCGGAAGGGGAAGAUUUCCAUUGGGAUGUCAUUGAAAGGCCAACACAAGAUUCACAAGAUCUAAGCAUUGAAGGGGUCCUGGCCACUUUGGUCGUGACUGGUCUUUUCGUUGGGGUUGUGACACUUCCCUUCGUGCCAGUGAUACUUCCCGCCGGUCAUUGGGCUAUUCCGGCUGCCCGGGAGCUCUGGAAAAUUGUAGGUAAACAAGUGGAAGGUAAGGAACAUUUCUAUUUCCCACUUCCACCAAAAAGUUGUCAAUCGUACCUAGGGCUAAAGGGAAGAUUGUUAUCAGCCUCUGCACGUUCUGGUCUGCGGUAGCCUGAUUUCAGAGCGUAUAGCAUGAAAGGUGGCCACCUACAAAACGGCAGGCAUGAGGACGCUCGAGCGUCAACUAUCCUACUGUUUUGUUCAUCAAGAGGAGCAGUUGUAGCGUUUCAGUCUCGAGUCAAGGGAAAAGGGUUGCACGAGGUAGCGAAUCUACCGAAGUUAUAGGUAUCAAUAGAAUUUCGAUUCGUUCAGUUUCCAGCUGCGUGUGGGCGCUUGCUGCGGGCCGCCUUGCAAAUGUCAACUCAUGGUUAUAAGCUCAUGUACAUGUGAGGCGAGCACUGCUGCGGGGUACAUACAAAGCUGUGAUAUCUCGGACAAGACAUCAGUUACCAACUUCUUCCUGGG